CAAGUGUAUGCAUAAGCAGAGCAACACUAACUUUUUCUUAUGUUUCUUUAUAGAAACUAAACAAAAAAACAAAAAACCCAGUAACACACUGCAUAAUUAAAUAGUUAGCAUAUAGUUAGUCAUAAGAUAGAUAACAUACAUAUAUAUUUGAUAAUACAUGGCAUCAAUGGAAGACAUCAUGAUGAGUACCGAGGAUAUUACACUACCAGGAUUUCGAUUUCACCCCACAGAAGAAGAACUACUUGAUUUCUAUCUUAAAAAUAUGGUUGUUGGAAAGAAACUUCGCUUCGAUGUCAUUGGUUUCCUCAACAUCUAUCACCAUGAUCCUCGCGAAUUGCCAGAUCUGGCAAAGGUUGGAGAAAGAGAGUGGUAUUUUUUCGUGCCAAGGGACAAAAAGCAUGGUAGUGGAGGAAGGCCUAACCGUACAACUGAAAAGGGGUUCUGGAAAGCCACCGGUUCAGACCGGAAAAUCGUGACCUUAUCUGACCCGAAGCGCAUAAUCGGGUUGAGGAAGACCUUGGUUUUUUAUGAGGGAAGAGCUCCACGUGGAUGCAAAACCGAUUGGGUCAUGAAUGAAUACCGUUUACCUGACAAUAGCCCCUUGCCUAAGGACAUAGUGUUAUGCAAGAUAUAUAGAAAGGCAACUUCAUUGAAAGUGCUAGAACAAAGGGCAGCAGAAGAGGAAGAAAUGAAACAAAUGGUGGGUUCCCCUGCAUCCCCUCCUUCCUCUACAGACACAAUCUCCUUCAGCUGCAUACAACAACAAGACCAACACGUGUCCCUUCCCAUGUUGUUUCUUCCUAAGAAAGAAUCUGAAGCUGAAACUGAAGACAUGGUUUCUCUGUCUGUGUCAACACCAAGUCAUGAAAAAAGUACAAAGAACCAAAUGAAUGGUAUUGUGAAAGAUAAUAACAAAAAGGGUAUUUGUGGAACAUCGUUGCAAUUGCCCUUUGGAAAGGACAAUGUGCCUGAGCUUCAGUUACCUAUAGCAACGGAUUGGACCCAAGAUACUUUUUGGGCUCAGUUUAAUAGUCCUUGGCUGCAAAACUGGACUGCUAAUUCCAACAUCCUCAAUUUUUAAUAAAUGACUUCAUUAUGUUUUUUACAUUAAUCAAAUGCAAGUUUAAUUAUUAGUAUAUGUUUAUUUUGGAAUUAUGUAGAUUCACUCAUUUAAUUAAUAACUUAUAUAUAUAUAUUAUACUGUUAAAGCUAAAUUAAUUAG